GUAUUUUCAGUGCAGUUUAGUCGUUGUUCAUGUAUUUUUUAUCAGUGUCUGAUCACAGUCUUAAGUUCUAGAAGUGUUAAUAUGGCUAAUACAGAUUUUAGGAAGGACGUAACUAUGCCUGUUCGCCCCCGGAGCGUGUACACGGCACACUCUUAUAAUCAGGAGGAGUCGAAUUUAUCCGCUUUUCAAGAUUAUAGCAAAUUUUUGGAAGGUGGACUAGGUCAGGCUGAGCUCGUCGGAGCAACGGGAUGGCAGCCCCCCUGGCGUGCACCAUUGCAGCGAAAGGCCCCGUUUUAUCCCGGUGAUGAUAUUUAUCAUGCUGACACUUGGCGAGAGCUUGAGGUAACUGAUGUAAUGGGUGGCGCUGGCUAUAAUGCAUCGGUUACUCCGCAUGGUACUAUUUGUCUGAGGUUAAGAGAUAGGGUCAAGGUCGAUAUGACAAUGGACGGUGCAGUCAGAGUCACUAAUGCGAAGAAUAAUAUAAUAUUGGCGUUGUCCCGGUCUGGAGCUGCUGCGGCACUCAUACAUCCAAAUGGACGUGUGUACCACUAUGGAUCGAGAGUCGAGAUCCAAGCUCGCCACCAACAAGGCAACAAUAAGUACGCGAAAAUGUGGUAUAAAGGCGUAUCUUUCACUGCGGAACAAUGUGCACUGGUAUACUUGGUGGACGCCGCCGGUACUCGGACUACAACAGAUACAUUCCUCGACAUGAGUCAAGACUUCACUCUCAACGUUUUUUACAACGAGUCAAGGCACGGCCCGUCGUAUGUGAACGAGGCGUUAUCGCUGCUCCAAGCUGCGCAGUAUUGGCUUACCGACGACGGAAUUGACAACUGGAUCAUAAAUAACGUACGGGUCAGUCAAACUGCUGAUGGACUGGUCAGGAUCCAUCGGUGCAGUCACAAGUAUCAGCUGCGUACCAGUCCGAGCAAUGGUUCCGCUUCGAUCACCAGUCCGUUCCUCCACUGCACCGCGUCGCUCGGACAGACACAGCACCUGUUCGUUCGCCGCGGCGAGAGACGGAUGCAUUUCGACGGUAACUCGUUCAUAGUUCGCAACGCUGGUCACUCGGCCGGCUUUGAUGAUAAAAAUCAACUAAAAGUUUACUGAACGGUGAC